AUGGCGACGUCCACCCAGCUGCUGCGCCUGGCGCUGUGCGCGGCCGUCCUGCUCGCCUGCGGGCGCGGCGCCCCGGCGCAGGAGCUCGACCGGGAGAACGAGGUGGAGGACGGCGUCGGCGGCGGCGGCAGCAGCCAGAGCAUGCGCAUGGUGUACAAGCUGGUGGUGGACUGCCUGCAGAAGGAGGACAUGGGCGUGUGCCUCAAGCUGAAGGCCCUGGGCUUCCUGGAGCGCGCGCUGGCCCUGCGGGCGCCGCUGCCCAUCAUGGAGUUCGUGACGCUGGCGCGGGACCCCAACGCCCCCGAGGACGCCGCCCCCGCCGGCCCGCCGCCCACCGAGGCCGAGCUGGAGGCGACGCUGCCGCGCGCGCUCGACGAGAAGAGCAGUCGCCUCGACCAGCUGCUCAUGGACAAGGUGGAGCAGCUGCUGCGCACGCGCAGUCUGCAGCUGGCGCUCCCCAAGGACGCCUUCGAGGUUCAUUCUAGUAGUCGAAUUUUAGCUUCCAACCAAGUUUUUUAA